AUGUCGAAAACUGAGUAUCGAAGUGUUAUAAAGUUUCUGUUUAAAGAAGGUUUAUCCCCUGCCCAAAUAAAAGAACGAUUGGAUGGCGUGUAUAAGGAGUCUGCCCCCUCCUAUAGCACAGUGAAAAAUUGGGUGAAAGAGUUUCGCCUCGGGAGAGAAACCGUCGAAGACUUUGGCCACGACGGUCGACCUGUGGAAGUGCUCACUCCUGAAACGAUUGCUCUUAUCGAAGAGGAGGUUCUGAGUGACCGCCGUUUGAAGAUUAGAGAAAUUGCAGCAAGGCUUGGGCUCUCUAAGAGUACCGUUCAUCGCGCGAUCCAUGAACAUCUUCACAUGAAAAAAGUGAGUGCAAGAUGGGUACCGAAACUUCUUUCAGCGGUACAGAGACAGGAAAGAGUGCGCUGCGCUUCGGAGUUUUUGGAUCUUUGUGGCGAAAAUCCAAAGACUGUGAUCGAGCGGCUAGUGACUGGUGAUGAAACUAUGAUCUUGUAUUAUGAUCCACAAAGCAAGCGCGAGUCAAUGGAAUGGCGUUAUAAGGGUGAAAAGCCCCCUAGAAAGGCAAAGGUGCAACAAUCGACUAAAAAACUGAUGUGCACAAUAUUUUGGGAUUUUCAAGGCAUUUUGAUGGUGGAUUUUAAAGAACGUAAUACAGUCGUGAACGGCGAAUAUUAUGCUUCUUUAAUAUAUAAAUUACGAGACAAGAUAAAGGAAAAACGAAGAGGCAAGCUGUCUAAAGGUGUCCUGUUGCUCCAUGACAACGCCCCUGUUCAUACCGCUGGUGUUUCGAAGGAUGCAGUUCGUCAAUGCGGGUUCACAGAAGUUCAACAUCCACCUUACAGUCCAGACAUGGCCCCGUCCGACUAUUAUUUAUUUCCAAAUUUAAAGCGGGACUUAAGAGGAAGAAAAUUUUCAAGCGAUGAAGAGUUGCAGGCGGCCGUCUUCAGUCAUUUUGAGGAUAAAAAAUGUGAUUAUUUUUAUAAAGGUUUAGAGAUGUUGAUUCACAGAUGUCAGAAGUGUGUUAGUAUUCAUGGUGAUUAUAUUGAAAAAUAA